AUGCUUGAGUUUCACCUCAUCGUCUAUUUUCUUUUUGUGCUGAUCCAGUUUCUUGUUGGGGUUUUUGCAAAUGGCUUCAUUGUGGUGGUGAACACCAUUGACUUGAUCAAACAGAGAAAAUUGGCUCCAUUGAACCUACUUCUUUUCUGCCUGGCGAUUACUAGACUCUGUCUGCAAUUGCUCAUCUUCAACAUUAAUCUGGUUAUUCUCUCCAUGAUAGAAUGGCUUAUAUUUCCUUCAAAUUUUUCAAUUCACAUGCUUGUAAAUGAAUCGGAACUUUGGUUUGCCACAUGGCUGGGUGUUUUCUACUGCGCCAAGAUUGCCACUGUCCCUCACCCACUCUUCAUUUGGUUGAAGAUGAGGAUAACCAAGUUGGUGCCGUGGCAGAUUCUUGGGACUCUGUUGUAUACAUCUAUCAUUUGUAUUUUCCAAAACAAUUACACGUGGCGUAUUCCUCCAGCAUUCUCAGUGCACCUUUUCUCCCCAAACGCGACAACUCAAAUCACAGAAGUAACUGCCUUGCAGCUUGCCUUUCUCGUCUUUGGGUUCUCAACGCCCUUACUGAUUUUCUUGGUUGCAGUUCUGCUCUUGAUUUUUUCCCUGGGAAAACACUCCCGGCAGAUGAGAAGCACAACGAUGGGCAGCAGGGAUUCUCGCAGGAGUGCCCACAUCAGUGCGAUGCUAUCCAUCUUUUCCUUCCUAGUCCUGUACUUUUCUCACUAUAUGAUGGCAGCCUUACUGUCUUCUCAAUAUUUCCAGCUCAGAAGCUUUGUCUUUCUCUUCUGCAUGUUGGUGGUUGGUACAUACCCCUCUGGACACUCUCUCAUCUUAAUUUUAGGAAAUCCUAGACUGAAACAAAGUGCAAGGAAGUUUCUCUUCUACAGUAAGAGCUGUCAGUAA